UGGACUUCAACAUUCCAACAUUUCGAGGGUCCCAAUUGCUAUAGCCAGCACCACGGGUUCCAACAUGCCAUAUCCUUGCCCUGUACCGUGCUCAGAGGCACCAUGAACUCCGGCCGUCCCUUCACGCGCAGCACCCAGAAAUUCUUCCGCCCCGCCUUCGACCUCCUGAACAACUACAACUCCGCAAUCCGAAAAACACCCCUCAGCAGCAAUAGGAAACGCUCACACCAGCAGGAGCGCCCGCAAGCCCGCCGUACGGGUUCCACGAGCUCGCUCGAUGAUACAGACCACGACGAUAUAGAGCACUACGCACAAAUGGAGUCUGGCCGGACAAGUCACUCGAGCAAGAACUCGCAGUCCGAGUUGCAGCCCCCGCUUCCGCUGAUUGACAUUGGAAGUGCGAGUGGGAGUCGGGCGCCUUCUCCCUACCCCAGAGUCCGGAGCGCGGUGCAGAGUGAGGACGAAGACGACGAGUUUGAGCCGCCGAGCAGUAUCAGGCCGCUUGUGAGCAGUGAUGUUGCGAGCGGAGGGCGUGGGUGGAACGGCAUCAUGAGGCAGGGUGGGCUAGGGGGCUUCUUCUUGGGAACGUGGAUGGGUUGGCAGAUUUGGGUAGGCCUGCUGGUCUUCUGGGUCGUUGGGUGCAGUUUUGGACUGUUACUCAUGAAUCGGUUCAUCCUGAUAACGGGGGUCUACAAAUUCAGUUACCCACUGACGUCGACGUACCUCCAAUUCAUCUUCACGCACCUGCUGCUUAUUGGCUUCUCAAGCCUAACGAGAGGCCUCGGGGGACCGCUGCGGAGAUGGGGGUUCGGCGCCGCUGUGGCUCCAGCGUACGCUUCCGCCCCGGCUGGUGGAGCAUACAGACAACCCAACAGGAAGCCAUCGGCUCGACAAGUUGGGCGCUGGCUGGUCAGCGGUACAGGUGGUAUCGCUGGAGGAGGGCUCUUCGAAUUCGAGACAAAGGUAGCCAAGCAAGUGCUGCCUCUGGCCAUCGUCUUCGUAGCCCGAGUCCUCCUCAGCAACGUCUCAUUUGCCUAUGCAGACCUCUCCGUCUACCAACUCGCCCGCAUAGGCGUGACCCCUUUCGCCUGCAUCCUCUCGUGCGUUCUCCAAAAAGAGAACCACAGCCCUUCGACCCUCUCGGCGGCGCUCAUCGCAACCCUCAACCUCCUCUUCGCGGCCAUCCGCACCAACGUCCGCGUCACCCCCGACUCCAUCGUCGCCGGCGUCUUCUCCUCCAUCUUCGUCGCUCUCUACCCCAUCUUCCUCCUCCGCACGUACCGCACCCUUGUUGCCGGACUCGUCCCCCAAGGCGACCUGCUAACGAACUACUACUCUGUCGACGGCUGCAACCCUGACAUCUCCAACCGCGAAGAAACCCGCGCGUAUUACCGCGUCCUGCACUACACGUCCCUCCUCUCCAUCCUCCUCCUCACCCCCAUGGUCCUCAUCUCAGGCGAACUGCCGGACAUCCUGCGCAACAUCUACUUUCUCGACGUGCCGUUCUUCUGGUUCAUGGUGCUAUGCGGCGCGUUGGGCAGUUUUGCCGUCUUGGUGUCGACGCUGCUGCUGGUCAAGGCGACGUCCCCGCUGACGUUUACGUUUCUGGCUGUCCCCCGGGGGGCGCUGCAGUUGAUGCUGUUGAGUCGGUUCCGGAUGCCGGCGCAUAGCUGGGUGGGAGUUGCGCUGUGCGUGGUGAGUAGUUUGUGGUUUGCAGUGGCGAGGAGGGAGGAGGGGAGGGUGGCGGGGCGGUUGAGGUUGGAGGGAAGGUGA